GACAGCCACGUGAAUGCACGUCCACAUGAUAUUCAUAGUCCGGACUCAUAGUCUCCCCCCAAAGAACAUGGAUCUCCAGGACUUUCUUCAAUCAAUUGGAGAAGAAGUUGACGAUGCAGAAGAAGAAUCCUUCCUCCUCUUCUCCCAGGAUAUCCCCUCGGCGAAUCUGGGCUUCAUCGACUCUCGCUCAACAACAGUCGACAUAAGCAUUCUGGGAGAAGAUUAUACCGUCCAUCAGUCGCCGACGCUGCUUUCGUCUUCGCGCUCGAGAGGCACUACGGGGGCUGGUAUGUAUGAAUACUAAACCAUUAUAUUUGCUGUUAUCUACACUAUGUUUAUUUUUUUUUUUUUGUUCUGUAUAGAAUAUUCCCAGAGAAACAGGGUAGAAAAAAAAGAAGAUAAGCUAACAAGAAAGAAAGUUGUCUGGAAAAUCACCCCCCAAUUCGCAGAAUGGAUCUCCCAACCCCCCAUUAAGAAUGAGACGGAGACGGAGACGAAGAAACAAAAACAAAACCCGUUAUGGUCUCAUUUCAUUCUCUCAUCCACAUCGACAAUCGUGGAACUGGGCUGCGGCAUCUCAGGCCUCGUGGGACUCGCUCUCGCUCCGUCGGUGAAGCACUACCUCGCCACAGACCAGGAGUACGUGCGGAAGUUGUUCUGGGAGAAUGUUUAUCUGAAUGCGGAGGUUGCCUAUAAACACCAUCAUCCUUCGCAGAGAUCAAGAGGAGUGUCUCAUGGGAAGAAACAGAGAACGAAACAUAAACAUGAUCACGAUAAUCGUCAUCAUCCUACAGGUAUCGAUGCUAAUAUCAAUAUCUCCUUCACAACUCUCGACUGGGAAACCGACAUCCCAUCUUUAUUAAAAGAUACCAUCGGGUUAGGUGACAAUGACAACAAAGAUAAAGGCUUCGACCUCCUCAUCUCCUGCGACUGCAUCUACAACGAAGCACUGACGCGACCAUUCCUUCGAACCUGCGCGGAAAUAUGUCGUUUGCGACCUAUUUACACUCCUACCGACACGGAUAUCGACACCAACAGCAGGAAGUCUCAACCACACCGGCAGACGCAGAAACAGUCUGAAUCAGAAUCAUCCGCGAACGCAGACGUCCCUCUCAACCCAACCAUCUGCGUGAUAGCACAGCAUUUACGCUCCCCCGAGGUCUUCGAGACGUGGUUGCGAGAGGCACUGGAGGAUUUUCGCGUUUGGAGAGUUAGGGAUGAGGUGCUCUCGGAUGGGUUGAGGGGUGGGACGGGGAAUGUGGUACAUCUUUUGGCUUUGAGGUGAUCCCUAGUUAUCCAUCUAUGGGUACCAUCAUAAGUUGCGUCCAUGGGUAUUUUGGUGUAGGUGUGAUGUUUCUAAAUGCUAUAAAUUAACUAGAUAGGAUAGAUUGAUGUACAUAAGACAGAGUAGUGGAUUAAAGUCCUGU